AUGUUAGACUACGCUUUCAAAACUCAUUAAGAUACAAUUUAUAACUCUUAAGAAGUUUAGUCAAUUAUAGAUCAGAUUGUAGAAAUAUAAAAUUCGAAUUUGUUAAUAAAUCCCACUAUUACUGUGACACCUUAAAAAAUCUUUAAAGUAUUGUUUUUAAAUCAUAUUUGAU